CCCCACCCCCCCCCGGCGCUGCGCCCGGCCUGCUUAUGCGCGGCGGCCCGCGACGGCGGCCAUGAGCUCGGCGCUGUGGAACCAGGACAAGCCCGGCGGGGGCGGCUUCCGCGAGGACUCGCGCUACUACAUGGUGCUGAAGGAGUGCGCCACGGAGAAGCCCCCGCAGAAGACCCUGAAGAUCCCGCGCGGCAGCAUCGGGCAGGCCUGCCCGGAGCGCAACAGCCUGGGGCGCCCGCUGCCGCCGGGCAAGGGCAAGCGCAGCCUGCGCAUCCUGGACCAGACCAACGUGGUGCUGGGCCUGGACGAGAGGGACGUGCUGGAGCUGGACGAGAAGCUGGCCGAGCUGCUCUUCCCCAUCACCAACUGCGAGGAGCGCUACGCGCUGCUGCGCAACAAGCCGCGGCUGGAGCGCGCGCGCGACAUCGACUGCGGCUCCAAGGUGCGCGUGCAGCUGCGCUCGGGCGACGAGCCGCUGCCCGGCGUGGUGCGCUUCAAGGGCUCGCUCAUCCCCGAGCGCACGCUGUCCGGGAUCUGCUUCGGCGUGGAGCUGCUGGAGGAGGGCCGGGGCCACGGCUUCACGGAGGGCUCCUACCAGGGCAAGCAGCUGUUCCGCUGUGAGGAGGAGUGCGGCGUGUUCGUGGCCCUGGACAAGCUGGAGCUGUGGGAGGACGAGGAGGAGGAGGACCUGGGCGAGCUGGUGGCCGACCACCUGGCCCUGGCCGACCCCGAGUUCCUGCCCAUCGAGAUCAACUCCCGCGUGGUGGUCAAGACGCCCGAGGGCCUGGAGCACGGCACCGUCAUCUUCUGCGACCUGCUGCCCGGCAACGAGAGCCUGGGCUGCUACGUGGGCGUGGACAUGGACGACCCCAUCGGGGACUGGGACGGCACCAUUGACGGGGCGCUGCUGUGUAACUUUGCCAGCGUGGAGCACACUCGUCUGGUCCCCAUCUGUGAAGUAAUGCCAGAGUUCGCCAUGCAGGACCAGCGCCUGCUGAAGCACAGGGGCAGCGGCACCGGCGGGGACAAGCCCUCCUCCGCCCAGAACAAGCCAAAGAACAAAGGAUUAGGUCUGCAGUGUGGGAAUAGAAGCAAGUCUGAGUUUUAUUACACAUUAAAUGGCAGCUCUGUCGAUCACCCACCACAGUCCAAAUCCAAAAGCACAUGGUACAUUGAUGAAGUCGGGGAAGACCCUGCCAAGUCCCUCACGGACACGCCCCCUGACUUCAACCAGAUGUCGCCGCCCUCCCGGGCCCCGCCCCCGGCCUCGCUGUCCAAUGAGAACAAGUUCCACUCGCUGCCCUUCAGCCUGAGCAAGAAGAGCGGGCCCAACGGCAGCAUGAGCCACAACCCGCUGUCCCUGUCCGUGCAGUCCGUCAUCGGGGACCAGCACGAGCCCGCCCCCCAGCCCGCGGCGCCCCCGCCGGGCCCCCGCAGCCAGUACGGCCUGGAGGUGGGCUCCCUGGUGGAGGUGAAGGAGAACCCGCCCCUGUGCGGGGUGAUCCGCUGGGUGGGGCAGCCGCCCGGGCUUUUGGAGCCGCUGGCCGGGCUUGAGCUGGAGGACGAGUGUGUGGGCUGCACAGACGGCACCUUCAAGGGCACGCGCUACUUCUCCUGCCCCCCCAAGAAGGCGCUGUUCGUCAAGCUGAAGUCCUGUCGGCCGGACUCCCGCUUCCCCUCCCCACACCACUCCUCCAACCCCAUCGAGCGCUGCAACUCCAUCGCGUUCGGGGGGUACCUGAGCGAGGUGGUGCAGGAGAACACCCCGCCCCGCACUGAGAACGACGGGCUGGAGGUCAUGGUGGGGAAGAAGAAGGGCAUUCAGGGCCACUACAACUCCUGCUACCUGGACUCCACGCUGUUCUGCCUCUUCUCCUUCAGCUCGGUUCUGGACACGGUGCUCCUGAGGCCGCGGUCCAAGACGGACGUGGAGUACUACCGGGAGACCCAGGAGCUGCUGCGCACCGAGAUCGUCAACCCCCUGCGCAUACACGGGUACGUGUGUGCCACCAAAGUUAUGAAGCUGAGGAGGAUCUUGGAGAGCGUGGAGGCGGCGUCAGGCUUCACGUCCGAGGAGAAAGACCCGGAGGAGUUUCUCAACAUCCUCUUCAACCACAUAUUACGGGUAGACCCCCUUCUGAAGCUGAGGUCGGCAGGGCAGAAGGUCCAGGACUGCUACUUCUAUCAGAUCUUCAUGGACAAGAGGGACAAGGUGUUCGUGCCCACCAGCCAGCAGCUCCUGGAGUGGUCCUUCAUCAACAGCGACCUCAAGUUUGCCGAGGCCCCGUCCUGCCUUAUAAUCCAGAUGCCUCGGUUCGGUAAGGACUUCAAGAUGUUCAACAAGAUCUUUCCCUCUCUGGAGCUGGACAUCACCGACUUACUUGAAGACACUCCGCGGGAGUGUCGAAUCUGCGGGGGCCUGGCCUUCUACGAGUGCAGGGAGUGCUACGAGGACAGUGACAUCACCGCCGGAAAGAUCAAGCAGUUCUGCGAAAAGUGCAAUACCCAGGUCCACCUCCACCCCCGGCGGCGGGCCCACCGGCACGGCAAGCUCUCGGUCCCCAAAGAGCUGCAGGAGGGCGCGUGGCGCCAGGGCGCCUUCCCCCGCCAGCGCAUGGAGCUGUUCGCCGUGCUCUGCAUAGAGACCAGUCACUACGUGGCCUUCGUCAAGUACGGCGCCAAGGACUCGGCCUGGCUCUUCUUCGACAGCAUGGCGGACCGCGACGGGGGGCAGAACGGCUUCAACAUCCCCCAGGUGUCGCCCUGCCCGGAGGUGGGGGCCUAUCUGAAGAUGACCCCGGAGGAGCUGCACGCUCUCGACCCCAAGAACAUCCAGGGCUUCGCCCGGCGCCUGCUCUGCGACGCCUACAUGUGCAUGUACCAGAGCCCCACCAUGAGCCUGUACAAGUAGAGCGGGACAGCCGUGUCCGUGGAGCUCCGGCAGGGCGGGGGGGGACAGGCGCCCGCACCCCCUCCCCCCCCCCCAACCCCCCACCCCCCCGCACCUGAGACUGAGGGGAGGGAGAGAGAGAGAGAGAGAAAAAAAGCCUAUUGCACUGUGCAUUUGUUCAGGUGUUAUUUGUUCAUGUUUUAUUCCCCCCCCCCCCCCUCCUCCCCUCACCCCUGGCCCCCCCCAGUGGUGAUCAGAGCUGUGGUGUGUAGACUCUGCCGGUUUUUCUUAGUUGGAACAGCGCCUCCGUCAGGCUGUAGUGAGCAGCUGCACCUCUCUCCGUCCGUCCGUCCGUCCGUCCAUCCACUCACCCACGGGGAGCUGUCUGAUGAGCGUUCACACUACCGAGCAGGAGGAGGUAUGUUCGUUCUGGACGAGCAGGUCUUGGAAACAAACGAAACGACAGACACUCGCCUAACGGUGGAACAGAGGGGCCUGUUGUUCUCUGAGGAGUUACUGAUUAACCAACGACGGGCUGGGGAGGGGCGGGGGGGGCGGCGAGAGGAGAGGGUGGGGGGGGGAUCCCACACCAGCCGAGCAACAGUCCCUCCUCUAAACAGCCCUGCCCUAAAAGCUUUUAUUACUUAAAAAGGUGUUGGCAGUGAAGGCUGAGCUCUCUGCCCGUUGCAGGCCAUGUACUGUGGAAGGGUCAGUGUGGCCCUCUGCUCUUACAAGUCUGUCCCGUGGUCAUCGUCGAAGCUUGAAACUAGGAUUACUUGUUUUAAAAAAAGAAAGAAAGAAAGAAAAAAAACCUUAUUUAUGCACUGUUUAAAUGUAAUUAUUUUGUCAUACAGUAUAUAAUUUGCGUUGAUAGCAAAAAAAGCAUACACAAUGUCCCUGGCACAUUUUUGCAAAUGAGUGAAGUAAGUAAGUAAAAAAAAAGAACAAAAACAUUAUAUAUAUAUAUAUAUAUAUAUAUAUAUAUAUAUAUAUAUAAAUAUAUUGUGUUGGUGUAUUGCUCAUGACCGAGGGGAUUGAUGCGGAGUUCCGGUAAAGAGAGAGUUUAUUGAGCCGCCCAGCGUGACCUUUAAAUCAGGGUUCCAUUUUAUUCAUCACCCAGCAGAGUGUUACUGGUUCCAGUCGGUGUGUGUGUGUGUGUGUGUGGAGUCUCCGCAGCAGCGUGCCAAGCUGGGAACCUGUACAACGUCUUCUGUUACAGGCGUCACAAAUGUAGGAAUCUUGGGAAAUGUUUCUAGCACUUGGGUUAAGCCCGUUAACUGAAUUUCGACUAAAUCGGACGGCGAUGUUGGUCUGUGUAAAUAUCCGAUCGGUCCUUGGGACACAUCUGCACCGAGCAAAUCGACUAACUGGUCAGGGAAGAAGGCAUUCGUGCGUUCAGACGAUACUUCUCUGUUAUUUAAAUACUCUUAUUUUAUUUUUUUGGAAAUUUUACAGUGCGCAGUUGUCGCAAAGCUCCAGUUGCAUACGUGUAUUAAGUGAACGUAUUUGCUCAAAAGUACACUUGAUUGUGCAGCAUCUGACCGUUUGACCUAGUCACUUGCGUUUACAGUGUACAGUUGUACAUCCUUUGAUGUUGAAAAAGGAAAAAAAGUGUCUGUUCUGCCAUGCCCAUAGUAUGCUAUGCCUAGUUAAGAAAAAAAACCUAAUGAUUAAAUAUAAGGAGUUUGACCAAAUCGCAGCUUGAAGCCAAAUUGCUGAGUGUUGCAUUGGCCCCAGUGAAGUGUGCUGUAAUUCUGAAUACUGUGUACACGGGAGGGCUGGCCUAAACGACCUCCCCUCCCCUCAGACCUGAAUGUUGAGCCGUCACCUUAAACUCCUCAACAUUCGCCUCAUCAGAUGUCAUUGCUUUAGUAGACAAAAAAACAAAAACAAAAACAAAAAAAAACAGUAUGACCACAUCACUGCAUGAACAACAGUGAAACCAGGCUUUUUCCUCUUGGUCUGUUUGUAAGCUUAGACUAACAUCGCUAUGAACCAUAAAUGGGGGCAACUUCCAGUGUUUUUUUUUUUUUUUGGUUCUUUUUUUGUUCCACCACCCCCCCACCUGCUGUAGCAUACACUCAGUACCGGUGAUGAAGAUCAUGUCAUCCUCUGCCUCGCGUCGUUCCUCCCGCAGUUACCUUUUUAAAUUGCUGUUAUUGUGUGAACUAAUUUGCGCAGAAGAACUGUGGUAGCGUCAUGGUCAUCACUUGUAAAUACGGUGAGUAUAUGGGGACAUAUUUUUAUGGUAGCCUCAGAACCUCUGGGGUGAAACACAGGGGAAGGACUUGUACAUCCUGUAUAAACGUAAAAAAAACCCAAAAUGUACAUUGUUAAUAUCUGCGUCCUUCAGUGCUGUUCUCUUAAAUGUUAACUAAAUAAAGCAUUUUUGUUUGUUUUUUUUUGGGA